AUUGAUCUUCGUGAUGACCCAAAAACUCUGGCAAGACUGAAUGAUAUGAAAGAGAAGCCCAUAUCUGUGGAGCAAGGACAGAAGUUAGCGAAAGAGAUAGGAGCCUACUGCUAUGUGGAGUGUUCAGCUUUAACACAGAAAGGACUGAAGACCGUUUUUGAUGAAGCUAUUAUAGCCAUUCUAACUCCAAAGAAACACACAGUGAAGAAGAGAAUAGGCUCAAGAUGCAUAAACUGCUGUUUGAUCACGUGA